AUGAAUCAACAAAUGGAUCUCAGCAACCAAACUUCUCCCACAUCUCAAGAGAUUGAUCAUGAGUCCACAAAGGCUGCUGUGAAGCUGCAAAAGGUUUACCGGAGUCAUCGUACGCGUCGAAGAUUAGCAGAUUCAGCAGUUGCAGCUGAAGAGCUCUGGUGGCAAGCAAUUGAAUACGCUCGUCUCAACCAUAGCACGACAGCUUUCUUCAACUUCAUCCAACCCGAAAAACCAUCUUCACGGUGGAGCAGGAUCAGCUGGAAUGCUUCCAAGGUUGGGAAGGGGUUAGUCAAGGAUGCAAAGGCUCAAAAGUUGGCCUUCCAGCAUUGGAUUGAAGCUAUUGAUCCGAGGCAUCGGUAUGGUCACAAUUUGAGCAUAUAUUUUGAUGAGUGGUGUAGAAGAGAGACGCAGCAACCAUAUUUCUACUGGUUGGAUAUCGGAGAUGGGAAAACCCUUGAUCUUGAUGAAUGCCCGAGAUCAAGACUCCAUCAAGAAUGCAUCAACUAUUUAGGACCUCAAGAGCGAGAAUGCUACGAAUACAUAAUAGUAGAAGGCGAAUUCAUCCACAAGCAAACUGGAGAUGCUCUCGACACAAAUGAGCAGAUAAAUUCAGGCUCUAAAUGGAUAUUUGUGAUGAGCGUGUCUAAUAAAUUGUAUGCUGGAGAGAAAAAGAAGGGAAUGUUUCAUCACUCGAGUUUCCUAGCAGGUGGUGCGACUCUAGCAGCUGGAAGACUCGUUGCAGAACGUGGAAAGCUCAAGUCUGUAUCAGCUUAUAGUGGACAUUACCGGCCAACAGACGAGAGCCUAGGCAUCUUCCUCACGUUCCUGCAGAACAGUGGCGUUAAACUCGGGGACGUUAAGGCAGGUAACUUUCUCUGCAGAGAAUCAACACAGCAACGACGCUGAGAACUCAAUCAAUGAGUAAUUCCAGAAAUAUUCAGAGACUCAUUAAGAUGAACUCUUGAACAGAUAUCCAGAAGCAAGGAUGACAGUACCUGAGAGUGAAACACUGCAACUGCCACGAUAGGUUGCUUCAUGAUGUCGUUCAGGGACAUGAUCGGGCAAGAAAAGCUCAGUCUAGAGAAACAGAUAUAAUAAACAUGACUGUUGAGGGGCAUAUAUGUAUAGCCCAUUUUUUUCUUGAACAAUGAAGAGCAUAAAAUGUUACUAGAGAAACACCACCACCAUCAUCUGCAAUCCACUGUUUCAAUUUCUUAAACAAAAGAGAAACGUCGUCUCUCUUGGGAUACAUGAAGAAAAAGUACAUCACAUGGUGAAGCAGAACCAGUGUGCAAGAAGUUAUUAGGGAUUACAUAUGUCAGACAAGUUUGGCAGAUACAACAGACCAUAUUGCUUCCAUAUAGUACUUAAAAAAUCUAAUAGGCAGAGUUACAAUUUAUGCGGCAGCAACAGUCUCUGAAGGUUUUAUUUCUGGCUCGGCUGCUGGUGCCUCUGGAGCUGGCGCCGUGGCUGCUGAUGCCUCGGCUGCUGGGGCCGCAGGUGGUGGAGCUUCCCAGAAGGCGGUUGCCUUCCCAGUCUUUGAAACAGUCUGGAGAACUACAUCCGGCUGGACAUUACCUUUCACGGUCACUUUCUGCUGCUCGAGAUCAAUGUCGUACGACUCAACGCC